UUCUUUCGUUUGCCCAAAACUUCUCAUUGGGCUACAAUCCACUGCCUUACUAAUAUUUCAUUAUGGGUUUAUUCAUUGGCGUAAUCAUCCAACUCACCGCCACAGAGAAAUAACGAAACAAUGUUGUUUGCUUUGUGCAUGAUUUGUAUAUCACAAAUCGUAGUGAUUGAAUUUUUAGCAAAGUACUUGAUAUACUAGCAGACUAUAUAUUUAGCAUAUGAGAUACGACAUUCAAACCAUGUCCGAAAAUAAGCAAACCGUGUGUGUCUAAUAUUUUACACAAUUAGAACGAUACCAAUUCAAAUCAAAAUAAUUAUCCAAUAUACAUUGACAAUUGAUGUGGCCAAGCAAGGGCAUUAAAACCACUACUGAUGCGUGACAUGCGUCCAUGUACUUAUGCAGCUAGCCAAAUGGGUUGUUGCCUGGAAAAAAAAAUCAAGCAAUGACAAAAAUUAAGUAUAAUGAAUUUUGAGGAUCAUUAAUGCUAAUACAUAAUAAUAAAAUGAACUCGUUGGCGUGUCCAUUGCUCUAAUUUUUUUGUUCUCUAGUGUUGUAGAUCUCGACCCAGGACUGAACCCAACACUGCAAAAAUAGCUGGAAAUUUUGUUUAAACUUGAAAGCUACUGCUUCUUAAUGUAACAUGAUUAGUCUAAUUGCAAAGUUAUCACAAAUAUUUUUGGAUCAAAACAUACAAAUACUUUGUUGUUGUUGUUUCCUUCAUAUAAAGAUGAUGAGUGAUCUUAACUUUUAUUAUAUUAUAUGACAUUAUGUACGUGGUCUAAAUAUUGAUCAUCAAACUUUUGAUUGUGAUUUGAUUUUACAAAAGGGAAUAAUGAAAAGUAUAUCAAUCACUUUAAUUAUCUCUAGAUUUUCCAAGACAAAAUUCAAGUAUAUAUCAUUUCUGAUCAUGCACCGUAUUGAGGGUUUUUGUUUUAUAUAGUUCAAUCAGAUUUUUUUGAAACUAAAUUCAAUCAUGUUGGUUAGAUGAAAUUCUAACACAGGCGGAACGGAAUUGUAAACCGAAUGAUAUUUGUAAAUAAAUCAUGUUAGAUAAUAUUAUAUAUGUUUGUAGGUUGAUGUUUUGAUUAUACAACUAAUGAAUUUAUAAUUACAAAGCACGUACAGGCUGCAGCCAACCAAAAUAGGUCCAUAACUCAUGUGUUUGUUUAUAGUCAAAAUAUGUGUAAGAGCUUAAGUUUACAUGCAAUCAUGAAAUGAGGAGAAAGUAGGAGUCCUUUUUGCUUUAUUGACGACAUAAACAUAUCUUAUUGGAUCACUGCUCUUUAGUCAAAAAAUCAAAAUACAAUAUGCUCCUCAUGCAAAACAACACUUUGUUAUGAUAACAAUAAUAUAUGUUUGAUAUGAUAAUGAUGUAAUGCUGUUGCUCGUGGUGGGAAACAUGUGCAAAAUAAAACAAAAAGUUUUAACUUUAAAAAGUGUCACAUAAUUGAACCAACAAUAAAUAAAAAAACAUACAAUUGAUUGAUUUUAGCUGGUGAUCACAUUAUAUAUUUUUAUUAUUUGCGAAAAUGAUUGAAAACUUAUUGUAAAGCCGUAACGGACAAAUAAUAAAGAAAGGGGGAAAAAACGGGUAAAUAAUAGAUAAAGAAACCUACGCGUCUGACGUCAGCCUAGGAGUGGGUCCGUCCCGUUUCGCUCUACAAAGAAACGGAAGACUCUUAAUGGGCCCGACCUAAUAAUUUACAGACCAUACGAUCGGUUUACCUCCUUUAUUGUUAUUAAAUCUUGACCGUACGAUCCCCAACAGGAAGCUAUCUCUCUCUGUCUGUCUUCGUCUUACUCUAAAGCGGCGAGAGAUUCUCUGCAACUUCCGAUUCCUUCCUCUCUCUCUCUCUCUCUCUCUCUCUCUGUUGAGUCUCCGUGGGAUCACACAAACUUUCUCGGUUUCCGUGGAUGGAAGAUUGUGCUUCGUGGUGUUGAUAUUGCUUCCACUUCACGUUGUUCCCUUUUGCUUUCUUUCUUUUUUUUUUGGUUGGUUGGUUCUUCUCCCCCCCUCCCGAGGAUAUGAGCAGCAAAGCAAAUCGAGUUUGAUUAUGAUGAAAUCGUGAAACGUUGGGUUGAUUUAUAGAUUCGAGUGCCAAGCUUGAUGCAAAAUGGGUACAAGAACCAAUCUCAGAGACCAAAACACCUCAGAGAUUCCGGUCAGAAGAUCAAAACGUUGGAGCCAUACUCUAAAAGAAGAACGUGUCGAUGAGAGUUUGGAGCACGAUAAAGAUGAUGAGGUUGUGAAAUACAUGUCAAAGUUGCCAGGUUAUCUCCAAGGAGAAGAUGAAGAAAGUAAUGUUUUGAAUGUUGGAGUCUUGGAUUGGGGUCGUCUUGAGAAAUGGAAGCAGCGUGGUGGUCGAGGGAAAGGCGGUGAAAGAUCAGGCAAACGUGAGAGUAAAGUGUCGGCUACUUCUACUACUUUAGGAACGGUUCCCAAUGGGGGCUCCUCCUCCUCUCAUCAAUAUCAUCAUCAUAGGUGUAAGGUUGAUGACCAAGUUCAUGCUUCUUCUCUUCUCGGUAAAGUUAAAGCUGCUUCUCGGGGUCUUCAACAUUCUUCUCACCGAGUUAGAUCCACUUUGGAACCUGAGCUUGCUUCUACUUCUAGGGAUGCUUUUAAUAAGCAGGAAAUAGCUACCUGCAGCUAUAAGGACAGAAGACCUACUUCAGUUUUAUUGCCAGAGAUGGGGAACUCCAAUGGAUCUCUAGGCCCAAAGGGAAACUUAGUGAUCAGGGAUAAGGAGGAGUCUGAGAAGAGAGCACAAGAAGAAGCAAGAGAAAGCGGGAAACAAUGUGCUGAGAAGCUAGUUGGAGAGGAGAAGACCCUUGGAGACUCUAAUGAUAACUUGAAAGUAACAAGGGACGUUAGCAGCCGCUCUCUCCACUUUUCAGACGGGAUCAGUAGCUCUUUAGGAUUGAGAUCUCAAGUUCCUCCUCCUUCAUGUCCACUCUCUUUUGACUUGGAGAGAGAUUCUGAAGAUUUGCCUCUUGGUGUUGAUCUUUCUUGUAAAAAGGAACGUUUUUGUGGGUUAAGAAGUCAUUCAAAGCCAGCUUCUUCGAGGAUAUUUGAUCAAGAAAUGGGAGAAGAAAAGAACAGACAUACUUCACCAAGCAAGCGGUUUAGUUUUAGCUUCGGUCGUCUAAGCAGAAGUUUCACCUUCAAAGAGGAUUCAUCAGCUGGUGGCCAACCUUUGACUUCUUCUUCAAAUGAUGCCAUCAAGUCUGACUCUAUGAGAUGUGAUGGUUCAGCUUGUCCACCUCAGUCAAGUAACCCGGAGGAGAAGCACUGUGGAUCAUCUCGAGUCAGCCCUCUAAGAAGGCUUCUUGAUCCUUUACUGAAAUCUAAAGGCUCUGAAAAUGUUCUUCCAUCAAAAGAAGAAAGAUCAACUUCUACCAUUCCAAAGCCAACCAACAUGGAUGAAAAGAAGCAGGAUACAUCGAGGAGAACCAGAGCUCUUUUUCAGCUAACCACCAGAAACGGGAUCCCUCUAUUUCAGUUUGUGGUGGAUGAUGACAACCUCAACAACAACAGCAGGAGGAGCAUUCUCGGGGCUACGAUGAAAAACUCUGACUCAUCGUUCAAAGAUAAUUCUGUUCAGUACUGCUCAUUCUACUCUGUUGAUGAAGUCAAAAAGAAGAGAAGCGGAAGCUGGCUAAUCCAUGGACACAAAGAGAAACAACAACGCGGGUUCGUCUACACUGUGAUCGGCCAAAUGCGGUUAUGUAAUAAUAACUCCAUGAGCUCAGAUAUAACAGAGAAGAACGUAUCUUGUAUCAUCAGAGAAGCAGUUCUCGUUGAUGAAACAGAGGAGCAAGUAAAAGGGAGGAAAGAGGUUGCAGCUGUAGUGAUCAAGAAGAAACCUGCCGAAGAAAACUUGAACGCCCUCGAGGAAACCACUGUGAUCAUUCCAGGCGGGGUUCACAGUUUCCCGGUGAAAGGAGCACCGACACCAUUGGUUAGCCGGUGGAGAACUGGAGGGUUAUGCGACUGCGGUGGCUGGGAUGUCGGAUGUAAACUCCAUGUCCUAUCCAACAAAACACUCCUCCAUGAGUUGGACCAGAGCUUCAAACUGUUUGAUCAGGAAGAAAGUGACCAAGACUCGGUUCCGGUUUUGGCCAUGACAGAGCUGAAGACAGGGAUGUAUAGGGUGGUGUUUGGUUCGUUUCUUUCUCCUUUACAAGCGUUUUUUGUGUGCGUGACGGUUAUAACGUGUGCCUCUGAGGAGGAAACGGUGUCAAAGACCACCGGAAGAUCUUCAUCCCCGUUUGCUCCGCCUCUAUCUCCCGUUGGUAGAGUCUAAAACCCACAAGUUCCGGGACACAGAGAGAGGGGGAAGGAGUAUCUAGUGGUCGUCUUUCUUUCUUUGAAACUCUUUUUUUUUGUGUUGUCUCAAGGAAACCAAAACACAUACAACGAUAUAUAUAUUCAGAAUAUAAUGAAUGUAUAUAGUAUAAAAUAUAAAUACACGCUAUUUCAAAGUUACCAUCAA